CCAAGUUAAAUUUUCGAGCGAUCAUGUCAAGCCGCUGAAUGAAUGAGGGCAAAUGAAGAGCUUCUCGGGCGAUAGUUUCAUUUCUAUGCAGACAGCCGACUCUAGCACAAUCGAUCGACUCGACAAGACGAUCAGGCUGCCUCAUCUGUUCAACGUUCAACGCCUCUUCGGCUCACGGAAUUGGCUUCAUAAUCAUCACUCCAACUUUCAAGUGAUUCUGUUCCGUCUGGUGCUUGUGUCGGGUUCGAGAGUCAUAUUUGUUUUCGGCGACGAUGAGUACAGUACUAUCAAAUAACCCCGUGAUUGUGAGUAUCGAUAUGUCAACGUCUCGUACGGUGCCGUAGGCCUUUCGCUCACGGCCAAUGUUAGCCUUUCAGCAGUGCUCAUUGCCUGAUCACAUUAUUGCCAUUAAUUUCUUAGGUCGACGAAAGGCCUUGGACCUGGCCCGGUUUGCUUCAUAGCCUCAAUCGCUCUCACCACUAUGGAGAAAAUGCUAUUGAAGCAGAUCAAGGAAGACGAGGUCUCGAUCAUAUCGUCUCGGAGUACUGAUUGGACGGGAAGCAGCACUACUCUGCGAGAGUUUGGUCCUGCAUCGGGAAAGGCCCUCAUGGCUGUAGGCAGCCUUGCGAUUCGCGGUGUUGAGAGCAUAAGAUUGCAAUUCAGGCUGCAAUCCAAACUACGUAAUAUUGGCGAACUCGUACGGCGGGAAGAUGAUUACAUCCCGGCAGAGUACUACGAGGAUCUACUGGAGCUUCAGAGGUUCGGUCUAUAUUCCAAAUCCAUCCGAUUUCAUGCAUGGGAUUUACUACUGUUGUUGAUGGAGAGACGGCGCACUGAGCGUUUGGUCGACAUCAUCAUGAAAUGGCCUUCUAUUGAGAUACAGCUGAUGCUCCGUCAACUUUCGGUCUUCAAAUUAUCCGGAUGGUCUCUCCAUCCAGCCCGUCUCGUCCGAAUUUACGAUGUCCAAUCUGCCGAAGCCAGUCAAGCACUCAAUCUUCAACGUGAUAGUUCAUGUGCUCAGAGCUACCGGAACAUUCUAGGAUCUGUUCUUCGGAAGAAUCCCAGAAUCAUACAUGAGAUUCUCGGUGCAGAGGAGUACAUAUUCCUCCAAACACCCUCUCUUCCUGGAGACGACCGUACAGAUGUUCCUUCUCUUUCACGUCUCUUCGAUUAUCUCGCUCGCGAAUAUCCUCGCAAACGUCCGGAUAAGUGGCAAUUGCCUCUCGCCGCUCGAGACUUUGUGGAUUUCCUUGCAUCAGGACCAGCCGAACAAUGCCAACACGUCGUCAACUACAUUGCUUCUCAUUUGCGACCAGUUGGCAUACACACAUCCUUUCCGAAGGAUAUCCAUGCCGUCAUCGAGACUCAUAGAAAUACAGGUUACCGUACGAGCAUGCAUUCAGCAUUUGCACUCCUCUGGUUCACCAUUCAUCUGGCACUACGGAGCCGAAUGGCUUUUGGCAUGCUUCUCGAAGCGGACCUACUUGACAUCAUGCGAAGUAUCUGGACUUGUGGCCUCCUUGAAGCAGACGAAGAUGAGGAUGAGUCAACCCAAACAAUCCGAGAGGACAUGCGAACCGCCUGCUGCAUAUUGCUAGGUGUCAUAUCCAGUCACCGGGUUUUCCCUAACCUGGCUUCUUAUCUGGCCUUGGAGCACACAACCUGGUUCCUCGCAAUUUUCUCACAUUUUAUGGAUGCAUAUACCACGGUUGAUGCAGUACGUCUGCCUGCGUGCUCCGAGCCUCCCCGGGAUGAUAGGAGCGAUUUCUACCAUGAACUCCUGAAUAUCGUUGGCGUGAAUGAUGCUCAUGCUGGGACACCACUGAAUGACGAGCAGGAGAUAGCCUGGAAAGUUUUGAUUCAUGAGUUGGACCAGCGUCGAGAGACUCAUGUCAGCAGCGCACUUUUGGAAUUCCCUUCGGAUCACCAGAAAUCGAUGAUUCUUCGCCGACUAGUUGACAUUCGUGUCAAUCCACGUAUCGGACUAGAUCACAGUGAGGCUCGAGCGCGUGCGUUGCAAGUGAUAGUCAAGCACAUUUCAGCUGAAGAACCAAUACUUUCACACCAAAGCAUCGAUGUUCGAAUAUUUGCUUUCAUCUUGACAAACUCGGCGGAGGUUCCUGUGGAUCUUAAGAAGGCUUUUGACAUAUUCUUCGACCUCUACUCACCUGAAGAGCCAGUUCAGUAUACCUCGUUAAAGCUACCACGGCACGUUGGAUACUACAUCGAGUAUCUUCGACAUGUGCCUCGGGAACAAAUACUUGUCGUCGCUGACUAUCUCACAAGCGUGUUGUUGUCGUACUCUAACUCUGACACUCCUUCAGAAUCGGAGGAAGUGCACCAAAUGAGGCUUCCUCAAGUCCUGCAAAUUCUGCACCUCGCCUCUUACCUCUCAUUUCAAAGUGACGUCGCCUCAAGUACACUCUUGAAGUGCGGUGUUAUGGAUAUCCUAUCUGGCUUAUGGACUCAGACUCCUUCCAGUAUUCUGAUUUAUGGACAUGGGGGAAAUUUCUCAAUGGCAAGAAAUGUGUUGCGAAUGCAAUGUCUAUUGCUGCUGGGAGCCUUGGCUCAACAUUCCCAUGAUGAUAUUUUGGAUAUAAUUAAGGCUGAUCCUCGUAGGCAUUGCUUAACCAAAACAAAACAUCUGGAUGUACUUUCGUCGCAGUUAUGCAUCCAUGUUGACGAUGUCGGUUGGUACGACGUGACCACCCCCCUUCGGUCACUUCUUUCGUCAUUGGGAUUCUCCCUCCCGUCAUUGUUCCAAUUAGCAAACGAACGGCCGUUCCUUGUGCAUCCAUGGGAACAUAUUCUGGAUCCAUUCAUUGACCUCAAAGCCCUUGAUCAUCAGAAGGUCUGUGCCUCUGAGGAGAUCCUUAAACUCUGCACUUUUGCGCCGCAGGAGAGCUGGUGGGCCGUAAUACAAGCUGGCUUCAAUAUACAAUACCGUACUCAGGCCGUCUUCAAGUAUAUGAUACGAGAGUAUCUUGGCUGCGAAGAUGAUCAUCCUUGGGCUAUUCCUCCAGCUUCUCGCAGUGCGCUGCUUUCAUUAUCGAAGACUUCGGAGAAGUACGGCUUCACAACAGUUAACCCCGUUGACCGACUCAUGCUCUUCAUAUCGGCCACCUGCAUUGGUACCAAUGCUUCUAGCUUCAGGGUGCUGGAGAAUAUAGGAGUAGAGAAACUCAUGGAUGAGUUGCUGGAUGGAUCCUUUGACUUCUGUGGGAACCCCAAUGAUGGGCAGCGGAUGGCAAGAGCCAAGGAGUGCAAGUGGUUGAGAGGUUACAUGUUGACACUUUCGGCUUAUGAAUUUGGAGAUUGAUCUUACACGUAGUUGUCGAUAAAGUUUCGAAAGAUGACUCAAGUGCUCUUCGACCCUCUUUUCUUACAGUUACUGGUACAUAAAUACCGCUUGCAUACAAUACACUACGAGGCAAUCGAACAGUAUAUGUACAAUGCAGGAAAUCUUUGUCUACAAUUCAUAUCUCCGAUGAAAUCAAGUC